AUGGCUUCUCUCCAAGCCGACGUCUCACAACAUCCUCAGCCUCAACCUGCGUCCGACUCUCAACCCCAACCCCAACCCCAGGCCGAACCUCAACACCGCCAACAUGACCUCUCCUUAGCCGAGUCUGUCGCCAUCGCCACAAGAUCGGCGCACGCAAAGCUUAACAAACUUAUUAUCGCCCGGCUACCGCUUGCGUUGCCUCCUCUUGCUACUGAUUCAUCUGCUUAUAUCACUGGCCUGCUCCACGUUACACCCAUCUAUCUGGCUUUUGAGACGCUAUGGCGCGACAUACUCGAGUCGGGAUUGCCUGUAGAUUUGCCCGGGGAGGACGACGAGACCUGCGAGCUGGAAACUCCGCCAAACUCAGCAGAAACUGCAUUCCCAGCUUCCGAUCUUCACGAGCUGUCAAGUUGCAGCAGGAUGCAAUCGGUACUCCAACAAAUGUAUUUUCCGGGAUUAAUGCGUUCGGAUCGUCUCAAGGCCGACAUUGCCAAUUUGGCGGGGUGGUCCAACGAUACUGUUGAAGAGCAGUUACGGCUUGUCGAAGAAAAUGGUCGAUUGGGGGAAUUCAUACAGCACAUCAAAAGAACUGUCCAACAUAGGCCUCAUGUGCUGAUGGCUUAUUCCUACAUCUUGUUCAUGGCACUCUUUGCUGGUGGCCGUUUUAUCAGAGCUACACUCGAAUCAGCUGGAGACGACUUUUGGGACCGGCUACCUUCUCCAGUUCAGCCAAACCGUCUCCCCUGUGAAGAGAUAUCAAGACCAACUAAGCGUGCAAGUGGCUUGUCCGACGAAGAGGUCCCGAUAGACGACUUUCACUGCCAUGCGACUCACACGAUGCCUCUCCGAUUUUUCCACUUCCAGACUCCCGAGGACGGGGAAGAUUUGAAACGGGAAUUUAAGCGACGACUCGCUAGCAUGGAGGGGCAACUCACAUCACGCGAGAAGCAGGAUAUUAUUCAAGAGUCGAUUUGCAUUUUCGACAACAUGACACUUUUGGUUCAGCAGCUCGACAUGGUCUGUGAGGACCCAGCGCGCAAAGAAAGUGGCGGCAGUAUGACCUCGUCACUACUCGACUUGGUCGACCAACUGCACCCGUUUCGCUCUCGUCUCAGGGACAGUGUUUCUAUCGCAAGAGACAGAAUUCAGCGAUCUACAAAGCUUGCACCAACAAGCGGCACUAAAUUAGUCUGGAAGAUCUGGAACUACAGUGCAACCGCAUCGACAGUGGAGCCGGAGAGUGGGAUUAAGCUCCCGAUCGGCCAUCCUGGUCUCUCCAAGGAUGAUGCUGCAGCCAUUGAACUCUGUCCAGCCUUUUCCAAGUCUAUGAGAUUCGACAAGACCUUGCCGCGACCAAUGCGCCCGCCAGCCAGAACAAACACGGCCAAGCACGAGUUGAAAGACUGUCUUCAAGUUGCGUCCAAGAAGCUUGAUAGUAUGAGCCUCUUCAACUGGUUGAUAGUAUUGACCGUUGGUGUUAUCCUGCUGGGAGCAUUGUGCUCGGCUAGGCGUGGCCGCGAAGUAAUGAUUAUUGAAGCAUGA